AUGCCGCGUCUCAAUACAUUCUCUAUCCUGCAAGCGUACCGGCGAGAUCCUCUCCUUCCCCUAUUGUUGAGGGAAUGUCGCUCCGUUGGUUCUGCGCGAAACGAACUGCACUGGCUUCGUCAACAUGCUCUCGGGUCAAGAAGGCCGGAUGUCUCCCAGAUCUAUAAGUCUUUGGGGGACACACGUUAUGGAUGGAGAAGCCAGCUCAAAUCUAUGUGCCGGGAACGUUCUAGGGGGAAGCCGCUUCAAUACAUACUUGGAAAUCAGCCAUUUGGUGACUUGGAUAUUCUAUGCCGAAAGGAUGUUCUUAUUCCCAGGUCCGAUACGGAAUCUUACACGCUUCGUGCCGCACGACUCAUAUUGAAGACAUUUUCGACCCAUGGCCAGCACCCUUCUUCUCAUCUUAGACCCUUGCGCGUACUCGACUUGUGUAGCGGGACAGGCUGCAUACCCUUGCUUUUGCACGCACUCCUCGCUCCUCAUUUCAAAAGCAUGAGUAUCGUUGGAUUUGACAUCAGUGCUAAAGCUUUGGCAUUGGCCAAUGACAACAUUAUGCAUAACGUGCGGCUUGGGUCACUUGAUGAACGCGCAAUUCAUGAAGUUCGUUUCUACCAGGGUAACAUCCUGGAUAGGCGGUUUGAUCAAAUACUCGAGUCUGCUUCACAAGGACUUCUCCAGCUUGCAGCUAACAACUCGUCGUGUACAUACGACAAGUCUCUUAAGUAUGAUAUCCUGAUUUCCAACCCACCAUAUGUAUCUGCCACAUCCUAUCGCGAUGGUACUACUACGCGUAGUGUGAGAAGGUAUGAGCCAAAAAUCGCAUUGGUACCUCUGAUGGGGCAUCAUGACUUGCUUUCGACUACAGACUACAAAAUGGAAGAUACCUUUUACUAUCCGAUUUUGUUACUGGCCUUCAAACUUGAGGCUAAAAUAACUGUUCUGGAAUGUGGUGAUCAUGAGCAAGCUGACCGUAUUGCAUAUCUUUGCCGUAAGAUGGCAAGGACAAAAAUGAAUGGCGUUUGGCACAUCCAAAUUUGGGAUUGUGAUUGGGAGGACAAAGAUGGUAAGAGCAGCCAUUCAAAAAUUGGAUCAAGGGCCGUCAUUCUUCAAAGGCUGCUUCCUAAUGCAGUAUUAGACUAA